UUUUUAGGUAAGUGUUUGGGAACGGUGCGCCGGCUGAAACUUGGGCCGGUCGCACCUCGCUCGCUCGGGAAACCACGAAACACAUCCACACCAGCUCGUGACGGGAAGAAACAGAAGAAGCCAUGUCCAUUGUGGGACCCACACACGAUCUAUCCCCACCUUAUCUCUUCCUCCUCCUCUCUCUCUUCCUCAAUCCCCUUCUUUCUGUUUCAUCCCGAUCCCGAAUACCUCGCCGCCGUUUGUACCUCCUGACGAGCUCUUAUCCAUGGCGAGGGGAGGGGGCGGGUGUGAUGUUUUGUUGGGCGACGGUAGGGCGCGCACUGCGAGCAGAUGGCGGGGGUGGUGGUCCAAAGGCACUGGACGACGGCGCAUCACGAGCACGAGUGGCGGCACGGCCGGCAACUGCAAGCUAUGUGGCCGCCGGCGUGGAUUGGCUCGGCGGUGCUGCAACCGCAGUUCCGCAGAGCUGCAACCGUGGUCGGAGAAAGCUGGAACCACGGUCUAGCGGAGCUGCAAGGCUCCUACAUGCUGGCGAGGGGGUGCUACAACCAUGGAUGAGAAAAGCUGGAAGCGUUGUCCGGCGGAGCUACAACCAGAUCCGGUGGAGCUGCGAGAGAGGCAUGAUUUUUGGCGACAUUGUCGGCCCUCGCUCUUCUCCUCUGAAUUUGUUUUUGCUGGAACCGAUCUAUUCUUUUGCUGGAAGCUGGUAUUUUUCUCGCUACAACUAAUCAUUGGAGCUAUUUUUUGCAACUGAAUUUGUUAUGUUGGAACUUGAGCUUUUUCUUGCUGGAACCUAGUAAUAUUUUGCUUCAAGGAUUUUGUUUUGUUUUCAGUUUUUUUGUAGGACAACAGAUGCAAGCCGACGAGCCGGAGGCAAUGACGUAGAUCAGGGGGAUGCUGCAACCAUGGCGAAUCGUGAGCUGGAAUUAACCGGGGGAGGGGAUUAGAGCUGCAAUCUGUCGGUGACCGCGCGCUAGGGGAUCCACUGGCGGCUGUUAUGCAAUCCCCAAGAGCGGCCCCGGCGAGCGCGCUGACGAGCGGCCCCGGCGAGCGCGCCGACGAGCGGCUCGGCGAGCUGCUAGCGCGAGGCCUGGGCGGUUCAUGGAGUUGUGCUUUGUACGCGAGCGAGGAGGGGAUUUUUUUUCUAGAUCUGACGGUCACGUGUGUCUGUAUCCAACGCUAGGGCACCGGCUGAAAAUUUCGGCCGGCGCGCCAGCGCCUAGCAGUGCGUUAUUUUUUAACGCGAUAUAAGAGAACCACGCGGAGCAAAUCUUGAUGUAAAAAUGGAAAAAAUAAAAUAGAAUUAUCUUUUGGUUAUAAAAUA